GCAAUUAAAAUAACAAGUGGGAGCCUGCUGUGGUCUUAAUGCAGAUGAGUUCAGCAUCUGCGAUAUCUCUCUUUAAAUACCCCAGUGUCACAGCUGGGUCGCUGACACAGAGUUCACAUCAGACAGUGUGGUGGAUGUCUGACAGCAGGAAACUAGUUUUUCACACACUGAGGGUCAGGGUGGGAUGCUUUAGAGAGUGAGAGGGUACAAAUUUAUUUUUAACGUCGCAUCUUUAGAUCAUUUAUCGACAUUGACGUCAAUGAGUCGAAUGGAAAUCACCCUGGAAAUCACAGCUAAGUCCCUCGUGAGAUUUUAACAUGAUAUAAGAAGGACAAUUAAGGUUUAGUGGCAUGCUGUAGUCAUUGUACUACUCAUCCGGUCCUAUCUUCAGUUUCAGUUUAGCCAUUUCUUAAAAGAGGCUGGUGGAGGCAGGGAGGGAGGUAAUCCACGUCUGGAUCAUUGGGCAGACCUCGCGCACACUUAGUGGCAGCAAGAACAAGUUCCUUCGGCGCAAGGUUUUCCCCUCAGAAAGUCAAAAUGGCCAAAUAUAAGCCCUGGGUGCUGUGGUGCUUUAUUUUGAUCGGUUUUAUUUGCAUCGUUACGCUCUUGUGCCUGUGCUUCACCUCGUUUCUGGGCGUAAGAUGUUCCAGCGGCAGCUUCAAGCAAGCGGCGGUGGCCGCAGACUCUCAGAUUUGCUCGGAGAUUGGCAGGAAUAUGCUUCAGCAGGGUGGAUCAGCAGUAGAUGGCGCCAUUGCAGCUCUUCUGUGCACAUCUGUGGUCAAUCCUCAGAGCAUGGGGAUUGGAGGGGGCUCUAUAAUAACUAUAAGAGAUAAGAAAGGCAACAUUAAAGUCUACAACUUCAGAGAAACUGUCCCACAGUCAUUCAGACAGAACCUGUUAAAGGAGUGUCCCACUUUCUUCAGUUUUUCCACAGGCAGCCAGUGGGUCGGCGUUCCCGGAGAGCUGCGAGGCUAUGAGGCAAUUCACGAACAGUACGGGAAGCUGCCCUGGGCCAGGCUUUUUGAACCAACAAUUAAACUGGCUAGGGAGGGCAUCCCUCUGUCACCCUAUCUGGGAAAAAUCGUGUCCUUUGUGAAAAGAAACAUACAAACAUCGUCUCUCUGUGAAAUUUUUUGCCACAAGAACAAAACUGUUCUGAGCACAGGCGAAAUCGUAAAGUUUUCCAAACUUGCAGAAACCAUGGAAACCAUUGCAGAGAAAGGAGCAGAGGAUUUCUACACUGGCAAGAUAGGGCAUGACUUAAUCCAAGACAUAACAGCUGCAGGUGGGACCUUGACUAUAGAGGAUUUGAGGUCAUUCCGGGUGCAGGUCCAAGAUGCUUGGACUGUUCCUUUGGGAGAUGCUAAACUCUACAUCCCUCCACCCCCUGCUGGAGGCGCCCUGCUUGCCUUCAUUCUCAAACUCAUGGAAGGGUUCUCGCUGACGCCAAACUCUCUGGUUGGUGACAAGAAGAUUGAGAUGUACCAUCAUUUUAUAGAGGCAGUUAAAUUUGCUAAUGGACAGAAGAAGAGCAUUUGUGAUCCAAAGUUUAAUAACGGCAAGUGUGCAGAGCACUUGAUUGAUCCCACCUUCAUUGAUCGCAUCAGGAAGAUGAUUUCUUCAAACAUGACCCAUGACAACUCUUACUACAACGUCACACCUUCUUCAGAUCACAUUGGGACGACACACGUGUCUGUCCUGGAUGAAGAUGGCCUGGCCGUCUCUGCCACAAGCACCAUAAACCAAGUAUUUGGAGGAAUGAUUUACUCUCCACGUACAGGCAUCAUCCUCAACAAUGAGCUGGCUGACUUUUGCGGGAGAGCAGACACACUGAGGGCAGGCGAACGACCUCCAUCCUCAAUGAGUCCAGUGAUACUGGAGUCAAAGUCUGGAGGUCUUCUUAUAAUUGGUGGAUCGGGAGGAAGCCUGAUUACGCCGGCAAUGGCCUUGUCUAUAAUAAAUCACCAGUGGCUGGGGAUGAGCUUGAAAGAUGCCAUUACUGAGCGCAUAAUCUUCAUCGACUCAAAGAACGACGUAAAUUUUGAACCUGGUUUUGAUGAGUCUGUGUCAAAAGGCUUAAAGGAACAGCUUAAACACAAAACCGGGAACUGGCAAUACUUUCUCAAUGUGGUCAAUGCUGUGGAAAAGGAGAACAACUGCAUUGCUGCUGUGUCUGACAGCAGGAAGAUGGGAAUGUCAGCUGGAUACUGACCACAAGGAUGCGUGACCUUUCCACUUAUCUCUGCCCUUUAGACUAACUGACCCUUCAGCAUUAAAAGUAACCAUAUGUGCGGAAACACUGACAAAUAAAAGGUGAACAAAAGGUGCUGUGGCUCCAUCCAACUGGACCAAUCAGGAAACUACUCACCUUAGAGGAUAACUCCAAUUUAUAAUUGCUUCAAAUCCAAUCACUCUCCAGGCUAUAGAAACCCAAUUUAUGUUGAGGUGAAAUCUGCACUAAAUAUAUAAAUAUAAGGGUGUUUAAAUUUCUAUUCAUCAACUACAUCUAUGUAGAUAUUAGAAAAUAGGCACACACAGGUGGAGUUUGUUUCCAGUCGAGCACCAUUGAGCUAUUGCAGGAAAGUGCCCUGAGAUGAUGUAAUAUAUGUGACACACCGUUUCCAGUGAACUUUGCUUUCAUCCAUGUGUCAACCUUUCUACCUUCAGCGGGCGUUGACAAGUUUCUGUAUGUUUCUUUUUUUAUGCAGUCAUUGAGAAUUCCCAUAAAAACAAUGAGAUAAGAAAAUACAGUCGCUGUGUGUACCGGGAGCAUGCACAGCUACAGAAAGUUCAGGACAAUGUUCAGCUAGGAAAGCGGUCUCUGAAGUGUUGUGAAUGUUUGAAAUGCUCCGUCUUAAGUACAUACGCACUUGUUCGUUUUUAUGGCACUAGCCUUGAUGACAGUAGUCAAAGAGGACGAUGACUUUUAUUGGUUUGUCAAAAACCAAUGUCACAAAAUUCAGCCGGCCACACUGACUGUUUGAAAACUGCUUUUGGUCGACCGCGCGGGCCGCCUGCCUCGUCACAGCUACUUUUAGUUUUGCCUACGUGUGCUCAGCAAGAGUAGGGAGCUAAACUGAAAUGUUAAUAUCUGACCAACGGAUACACAAAUGAUCACUCCAGCCACAAAGGUGCUCGUAUUUGAUUUCAUGCACUGUUGGAGAAAUGUGCACUGAGUGUGUCUGCUAAAUCAGUUAUUGAAACAUGUAAUUCUUUGUAAGAAAUAUUAACUCAAGAUGAGCCAUAUAACCUUUUUAAAGUGACAUCCUGGCAGCUUCCUCAACAAGGAACUUUUACUGUGACCUUAAAUGUGUUACUCUAUGUGAAAUAACCUAAUCCAAAAAAAAGCCUCCCCCAAAAAUGUACUUUAUAUAUUUUAACACACCUUGAAUAUUUUGGUUUUUUAUGUUUUAUGAACAUAUUUUGUAUUGUUUGUAAUAAAAAUCCUUCUAAACCA